AUGAAAAUAAAUGCUUUAUUGGUUUUAUUAUUUUUAUUUGUUUUUUUAAACAAAAUAAAGGGAGAGUUGCUUUUAGAUCAAAAUAAUUUAUCCAAAUCAAUGAUUUUAAAAUAUUUCAAUAUAAUUGCAACUGAUCCUUGUUCAACUCCACAAUUUACAUGUCAAUCUGAUUAUAAUAAUCCAACAAUUCAAUAUUUUAAUUCAAUAAAAUUUGCAAAAUAUGAUUCAACCAUUACUCUCAUUACAGAAGAUUUUUCAAUUUUUAAAAAUGCUACAACUAUUGAAAUUGGUUCUGGAUUUUAUGUACCUGAUCAAUUUUAUUUAAAUUUAAUUAAUUUUAAUCGUUUAUAUGAACUUGACAUCAAUAGGCAAUCAACAACAGUGCCAAUAAAUGUAAUAUUUAAAGAUACAUCAUUGACUAUAUAUCAAUAUGGUGGAAUGGUUCACAAUGGAUUCUUUACAUCUAGUCUUGGAUCAUUAUCAAUAUCAAUGGCUGAACCUGGUUAUUCAAUUAUUAGUUCAUUCCCUCCAAAUACAUUAUUAUAUAAUUUAGAACUUCCAAUAACACCAACUAGUGGAUUGCCAUAUGGAGGACAUUUGAAUGGUUUGGUCUCAUUAAAAGUUUUAAUUCAAGGUGACCUCGGAACAAAUUUAGCUCUUCCAAAUAAUUUUAAUGAAUUUAUAAAUUUGGAAUCUUUAUAUAUAUCAUUUUAUUCAACCUAUCAUACAUUCCAACUUCCAAGUAGUAUUAAACAAAUUCAAAAAUUAAAUAGUUUUACAAUUAGUGGUGAUUAUAUUCUUCCACCUUCCAAUGGAUUACUUGAUUUUUCAUAUACUGGUAAACCAAUGUUUUUAUAUUUCCAUUAUCUAUCAAAUUUCUUUUCAACUUGUACUCAAAAACCAUGUAUUAAAGUAAGUAAGGGUUCAAGAAUUAACCUUUAUAGAUCUUCAGUUUCUCUUGAUUUAAUUGAUUUUACAAAUUUCACAAAUAGUAUAAUAAUAAAUAAUCAUACUCAACCACAAAGAACUUUACCAGUUAAUACAAUUGAUUUCAAACAAACUCAAUAUAUUGACCUUUCUAUGAACAAUUUUAUUGGAACAAUUCCAGAGGAAUAUUGUCAAAUUAAACCAAAUAAUCUUAAUUUAGGUGGUAAUUAUUUAACCAAUGUACCAUCAUGUAUGAGAUGUGCUGGCGGAAGUAUUUAUAAAAUUUUCCCAAAUUCAUUUGUUGAUUUUAAUAAAUAUUCAACACCAACUUGUCCUACAUUUUGGAUAAACCCAAAUUAUAAUAAAAUUGCAUCAACUUCACAAGAAACAAUUAUAACAAUUCAAGGAAAGGAUUUAGGUUAUAGUAUUAAAAAUAAUUCGGUUAUACCAUUUGCAAAAUUCACUGUACCAAAUACAGAAUUUACAAUUACAAUUCCAAGAGGCGCUGGUAAAGAUAUUUCAUAUACUUAUUAUUUCCAAAAUACCUUAUCAAUUCCAUUCAAUUUUGUUUUUAGUUAUGAAAAACCAGUUAUUUCUAGCUUUAAAUUAGAAUCAAAUUUACUUUAUAUUUUUGGAAGUGGUUUAUCAUAUGUUUCAAAUAUGAAUAUAUUAAUUAAUUCAGCAUCAAUAGUUGUACCAAAAACUAUUUAUGGAUAUGUUAGUACAUAUAUUUCGUCAACUUUAAAUUCAUUUACUUUUAGUGUACAAGUUGAGGGUCAAUCAACUGACCAGUUUACUUAUAUUAAAGAAUUUUCAACAACUGUAAAUUUAUAUACAAGUGGUGGUUCAAAAGUUUUAACUAUUCCAGGUGGAUUACCAACAAAUGAUAUUAAUCAAUUGAAUAUAUUAAUCGGUAAUGAUGUUGCUGAUAUUGUUAGUGUUAGUGGAUCAUCAAUAGAAAUUGGCUAUCCUCAAGUGUUUAAUGGUGUUGGCUUAUAUCCAUUCAUUUUACAAGUAAAUGGUGUAGAUUAUUUAAAAUCACAAAUUAAAUAUAUUGAUCCACCAAUUGUUGAAAUUAAUUACUUUAUUGUUGAAUCAAAUACCAUCACUGUUUAUGGACCAGAAUUCGGACCAACUUCAUCAACUUAUAAAAUUAUUAUAAAUUAUGUUGAAUAUCCAAUCACUCAAGUUAAUUCAGGUUCAGUUACAUUCACUUCUCCAAUUGUAUCAAGCUUAACAUCAUUCUCAUUAUUCAUUAAAAAAGAUGGUAUCCUCUCAAAUAUUAGAACAUUUAAUAGGGAAACUAUUUCAAUCCUUGAUGUUAGUGGUCAAAUUAAUUCUAAUGGUGGAACUAAGGAUAUAUCAGGUGAUUUCGGUUCUUCAUUCAACGUAAAUACAUUCACAGCUUUAAUUGAUGGUAUCGUUUGUGAUUUCACCCAAUUAACUAAAUAUACUGUUAAAAUUAAUUAUCCACCAAGACCACUUGGCUUUUCGACAUUAACAAUUAUAAGUGGUGGUAAUAAAGCAACAACAUCAUUUAUUUAUAACUAUUUUGGUCCACCAAUUCAAGAAUUUUAA